AGAUGCAUUGUUUUUGCAGAAUUGGGUCGCAUGGGAGUUUUACAACAGCAACUCCAUGAAGUGGUACCAAUCAUACUUGAAGCUCUGGAGUGUGAUGAACCAGACUUAGUGGGAACUAACACCCGUGAUGCUGCAAGCUAUGCCUGCUUUGCACUUGCAGGAGCAUAUGAACCUGAUGCUCUGCAAGAAUUUGUGGAAUCUAUUGUAUCAGCCUUGAUGUCUAUGCUGGUGUUUGAUAGAGAGACCGAUUGUCGGAGAGCCGCUUUGGGUGCACUCAGAUGGUAUAAUGAGAAAGGAGAUGGUACAAUGAGAGAGGAUUAUUACCUCAUGCUUUGUCCUCAUUGGAGGGAGUUGAUGUUACCAGCAGGAGCGAUGCUUUUCUCAACAUCAGUGUUGGUAUUGCUCAGUUUGAAGAGUAUGCAGUGCCCUUUAUCGAUCACUUGAUAGACAGCAAGAUCAGACAUUGCGACUUUGACAUCAGGGAACUUGCUGCAGAGGUGAAUUUGCCUCGGUUUACAUAUGUGUGGGCUUUUUUAUAUGACACAAGAACUAGAAACUUGCAUUUUCAACAUUUUCUGUGAAUUGAAGUAUCUUUUACAAAUGUUUGUUGGACAGGCACUUUACAAUCUGAUACUAGAAGUUCCGACACACACAGUUCAAACUUUUCUCCAAGACUUGUUACUUAAGGCAUGAUCCCAAUACUUGUCAUGGUGCCGUGUUGAGCAUCGCUGAAGUGCUUCCUGCACUGGCUGUUUGGGCUGAACAGUCUUGUUGCACUUUAGAGGGCGUAGUUGGUAAGUUGUUAUUUUUAGGCACAUUUAACAGCGGUUUAUGACCAAAUUGUGGUUUCUGUUCCUGGACUUUUAGAAAUCUUUGUAUCAUGUACAGUGAAAUCCCAACUGUACAAAUCCUGUAGUUAUUUUUUUUUGUCAUACCGAAAGACCGAUUUAAACAACAUUAUUCCUUUUCCAUUUCUUAUGAAUUUUGAUUUACUAAAUAACCUGCAUGUGGCAUAAGGAAUAUUCUACUGCAUGAUCUUAAUCUUGGUGAAUGACAUACAGGUAGCUCUCGAUUUACACCGGGGAUGCGUUCCUGGACGAACCGACCGGCGUAAACGGAGUUGUUGUAAAUUGAAACUCUUUUAUAAUGUUAAUCGAUGGGAAGUCAAUGACAUGCGUUCCGAGCACCCAAACAUUGAUGAAUUAUAUAAUGACAUUACAUUUAAAGUUCUGAAAUAACGUAAAUAAAAGAAAGGGAAUUUAAAAAUACAUUUUAUACAUCGGUAAUUCGUUGGUCCCCGCGAGUGCGAUUCUGUCAUGUGGUUGAUGUGUACAGUCAUCUCUGCUGUUAUGCGAUAGUUGCAUUCAUGUAAGACGCCGGCCGAAGUAUAGAAAGUCGCGUAGUAAAAAUAACCCUGCUACCUCCGC